AUGGCUGUUACGCUUCACACAACAUCAGGUGAUAUAAAAAUCGAAUUAUAUGUGGAAGACGCGCCAAAAGCGUGUGAGAAUUUUUUAGCGUUGUGCGCCAGCGAUUAUUACAACAACUGCACAUUCCAUAGGAAUAUUAAAGAGUUUAUGGUUCAAACCGGCGACCCAACGCAUACGGGAAAAGGCGGAAAAAGCAUUUGGGGUGUGCCGUUUGAAGACGAAUUUGUCACAUCGCUCAAACACGAUUCGCGAGGGUGCGUCUCAAUGGCGAACAAUGGUCCCAACACGAAUCAAUCGCAAUUCUUCAUUACCUAUGACAAACAACCGCAUCUCGACAUGAAGUAUACGCUAUUCGGCAAGGUAAUUGACGGAUUCGACACAUUAGAGGAGCUCGAAACGAUAAAAGUCGACGCUAAAUAUCGGCCCCUAGUCGAGCAAAAGAUCCAAUCAGUCACUGUACAUGCCAACCCAUUUGCCGUUGAUUCCUAA